UUAAAGAAGCUGGAUGCUUUCGCCUCUCACCCGGGACGAAAUACCUCCGCAUCCGUGACUUUGGAGAACGCCCGCCUGCGUCUGCUGCACGAUGCCCUAUCAUGUCAGGAUCUCAUUUAUCUAGUGAUUCAUCAAUUAUACACUCUAGUAUCUUAUGCUCCCGCCGAACUGGGGCAGCUGCAGGGUUUCUCUGAAGACCAGCUUACUGGCUUGAAGACACUGGAGCAGCUGCUGGUUGACAAUGCACGUCUGUCGCCGCAUUUUCUUCAAUGGGCCGCGUGUUUUCCUGAGCCAAUUUCCAUUAUGUUGCACCUGCCGUGGUGGACGGCUGCUCUUUCCCGGGCCAUGACUGCCCUGGCCAUGCUUGGCCACCGCUGGAAUGCCUUUGAGGCGCAUAUUCGUGAGCGAGGCCUACCACCUCUGAUUGAGGAGCUGGUUCAAAAUUUCGCCUUGCGCUCUCAUGUGCUGCAUCAUACCAUUUUCUUGGCCUUGACGCGCCGUAUCUCGGGUCCGAACAAGCGGGAAGAACGUCUCUCCGAGAUCUUUCGGCACGACGCUGCCCUGACAGAGGUCCGUCUGGCUGAGGUCAUGAAGAGAUCUGUUCCAAUUUCGCGCGCGCGCAAGGAGACCGAUGCGAUCCUAACGCUGUAUCACAUCAAUAUGGGUUACCCUCCGCCCCACACACCGCCGUCCGUCUUUGGCCCUCAACCCGUCAUUGCCUCAGCUCCCCCGCAGGCAGGCCAACCCAUUCACUCGGCUCGCACGCCGGGAGUGUUAUCACUGCCCACCCCACCUCUCGCCGGCCAUUCCCCACAAUUCACACAGGCCUCACCUGUUUCCGCUGCGCCAGCCCCGGUCUUGCAUCCUCAUACACCCAACCUGACACCCACCAUGGCUCACAUGUCUGUCACGGUUCCUUCUCCAGGCUUUAUUCCUUCCCCCACAGUGACGCCGGGUCAAGGUCCAGGUCAUCCUCGUCGCCCGUCUGUACAGGCCGAAGCUGCUCAGCAAGCUAUACUCGCAAUGCGUCAAACCUCGCGGCCGGGGGCGCUUCGUCCAACACCAUCUAAGCCUUCCACGUCUACGUUGCUCCUCCCUGCGUCUGGAAAGAAAAUGCCAGCCAACGCUCCGCCAUUACACCCUUUACGUGAUGCGUUACAUCAGGUCGAUCUUCGAGAACCAGUUCACCAGCUAGUCAGAAGGGAUUCUACGGGCCAGGCUCAAGAGACAAAGCUAUUCCAAUAUCUAGAUUCGUUCGCACUCAUGCCAAGACCACUGGGCCGCUUUGAAUGUCAGUUUCACUGGUCCUUCACCCUAUCACAAGAGGCGGCGGAUCGCCUUCCAGCUCCCUCGCAAAAGAGUUCUGGCGAGCUAUCCCAUCCUGUCCGUGUAUUGAUGGACGGUCAGCAGCUCUAUCGGAUGCGUUGUAUAUCUGUCUCGCCCGACACAAAACCCCCGAUCGACGAAUCUACCUGGAGUCGGGCUGCCUGCGCCUGGCCCAGCGUGAUCUAUAUCUUCGUCAAUGACACUGAACUCUUUGUACGUCGGAAAUUACAUCAUCAGAAGGAUGUACCUCUAGACAUAACUCCUCAUUUGCGCGCAGGUGAGAAUAGAAUCUCGAUGCACUUCAUUCGCGAUGCAGCCGAGCAGAAGGACAAACUUUACGCCGCUGCCGUGGAGAUCGCCCAGAUUGCCGCUCUCGAGCCUGUCAUGGCUCUUGCGCAGACUCUCCAAGCGGAUAACUCCCGUCGCCAGAUUCACCAGCGUCUUGAGCAGUCCUCCCGCAAUGAAAACGAAGACGAUGACCUCCAUGUGGUUAGUAGCGACCUUAUGAUCAAUCUUGUCGACCCCUUUACUGCUCACGUGUUUAAGCAACCUGUUCGUGGACAGCUUUGUCUUCACUCCGAAUGUUUCGACCACGAGACAUUCAUACAAACCCGGGCCGGGGUCUCCGGACCGCGUGCCUUGCCCAACGACUGGCGCUGCCCGAUCUGUCAGGGUGAUGCUCGUCCACAGAUGUUGGUACGCGACGAGUUUAUGGUUGACGUGCACAAGGAAUUAGUGCGCACGAAUCAACUUGAUGACGCCCGCGCCAUUCGAGUCGCUCUCGAUGGCUCCUGGACUGUG